UGACUACGGAUAGCGUCUUGUUAAAAAUAUAUAUAAAAAGCCGACAGGCGCUCCACCCGCACAAGAAUAAUCAAACUUUACUAAUGUUAUUGAUGAAACAAUGUUAUUCAUAUUUGAUGUAUUAAUGAAUAAUUCAAAGGUUUCACUAUUCAAGGUUUUGCACUGAUACUGCGUUUGCCUUCGUCAGGUGUCUACAAUCUUCCCCAUUAUCCCCAGGUUUGCCAUGGCGACUGUGGUGAUGGAGCAGAUUGGUCGCCUGUUCAUCAAUGCUCAACAGUUGCGUCAGAUUCCUCAGCUGCUCGAGUCGGCCUUCCCUACUCUGCCCUGCACCGUGAAGGCCCAUGACGUGCCCUGGGUAUUCCGUGAGCCUCACAUCAUUGGAGGCUACAGGCAGCCGGACCACAGCUGGCGCUACUACUUCCUCACCCUCUUCCAGAGGCACAACGAGGCACUCAACGUUUGGACCCACCUGCUGGCCGCCUUCAUCAUCCUGGUCAAGUGCCAGGAGCUGUCCGAGACAGUGGAUUUCCUCCGUGACCCCCACGCCCAGCCCCUGUUUAUCGUACUCCUCUCAGCCUUCACCUACUUGUCGUGCAGUGCGCUGGCCCACCUGCUCAACGCCAAGUCCGAGCUUUCCCAUUACACCUUCUACUUCCUGGACUAUGUGGGUGUGGCCAUCUACCAGUAUGGCAGCGCCCUGGCCCACUUUUACUAUGCCAUCGAGGAGGGCUGGCACGCCCGGGUGCGAGGGAUCUUCCUGCCCACCGCAGCGUUCCUGGCCUGGUUCUCGUGCUUCGGCUGCUGCUACGGCAAGUAUGCCAGCCCGAGGCUGCCCAAGUUUGCCCACAAGCUGUUCCAGGUGGUUCCCUCGGGCCUGGCCUACUGCCUGGACAUCAGCCCUGUGCUGCACCGCAUCUACAGCUGCCACCAGCAGGAAGGGGGCUGCUCCAACCAGGCCGUGGCUUACCACCGCUACCAGGUAUUCUUUUUCCUGGUGAGCGCCUACUUCUUUGCCUAUCCCCACCCAGAGUGCUGGCUGCCCGGGCGAUGUGACUUCAUUGGCCAGGGCCACCAGAUCUUCCACGUGUUCCUGGUGCUGUGCACCCUGGUGCAGAUCGAGGCGACACGCAUAGACUACAUUGAGCGGAGGCCCCUCUACGAGCGUCUCCACGGCAACCUGGCCCAUGACACAGUGGCGCUCUUUGUCUUUACAGCAUGUUGCAGCGCGCUCACUGCCUUCUACGUGCGGAAACGUGUGCAGGCGCAAAUGCUUGAGAAAGUGGAGUAGGAGCUGUCAGGACAGAGGGAUAAAUUAGGAUAAGGGAGAAAGACUUUAAUCUGAUUUACACUGGAAAGCUAAAAAGACAAGAGAUUAAACAAAUCAGACUGUUAAUUUUGUAAAAAGAUGAUAAAAACAAUGACCUGCUGUUUUUUUUCUGUUAUUGUUUUGUGGCCUGCCAAAUUACAUUUUAAACUGGCAACAUAGACUUUGUCUUGCGAUGUUGACCUUCCAGGAAGACAGAAAAACCUGGUAGUUUCUGUCUGUCACAGCACAAGCAGUACCUGUAACACUUCACAUAACAUAGUUUCACUUCACAGAGAGGGUAAAAUGAAGGUUGGAAUUGAGACUUUUUUAUUGUGUUGAUUUUCCUCUUAAUUUUACACUCUCUACUGUGAGAUCACAUGUCAUGGCCUAGCUAUCUACUAAAUAGUCAGAAUGACUUUUUGACUAUAUACAGUAUUGACUGACCAACUCCAAGCAUGACACAAACCAUCUCAAUAGAGGUAUGUAGGAAAGAAUGGAAAGUAUACCCACGUUGCCCUUAAGUGGAUAAUCAAAUAAAUAAUUGGAAUAAUAAUUUAAUAAUAAUAAUUUCUCACCAGCUUUUAUUUCUUAAAAAUACAAUGUGAGUUUCAAAGUGAUUUGACUCCCAAGUCAAAUGUUAGUGCUUAACAAAGAUCAGUAUUAUUAUUUUUUAUUCACUGGUUAUCCCAUGAUAUUCCAGCGAGCUGCAGUCAACACUGCCAAAUGAUGUCUCCCCUACUCAUGCUCUGUGUUUUAUCUACCAUUUUCUCUGCCUAUUUUCUCCAAAGCUAUGUUUUGUAAGUGAUUGAGAUGCCUUUACGGGCUGUCAGAUAUAAUAGACUGGCAGUUAGACUUGGCUAGAGGCAUAGAGCCCACAAUUUGCAAACCAAACCGAACAUUUCUCCUCUAAGAUACAUAAAUUGGCCAUUUUACUAACAUGCGGAUUGAUCAUGUCAAAGAACAAAGCUGGCACUCUUAGGAUAGUUGGCGUAAGAAAUGGAUGGAAUUAUGUUCCCAAGAUUACAAUGAUGUCUCUUUGUCGUUGUGAUAAUAUUCCUUUUGUAUUCAAAGGGCUGGAACUCCAGCUUUUGCUUUUUCACACCCGAUGAUGUCAAUGCCUUUGUGUGUAUUGUUCAGUCUUUUCAUGGACUUGACUUUAUUCACAAAAGGGCUGUCUGAGUACUGAGUAUGGUGACUUACUGUUUGUAUAUUUGUAUAUGUAUGGUUGGGUAUGUAUGUGCCUUGAAGCAUGUCUCUUUGCGUGUAUAUAUGUUUGUGUGUGAUUCAGAUGUGAAUGUGUUUGAAAGCCUGUCUUUGCACUGUUUUGUUAUAUUUGAGACCCUCCUCAAGAACAUUGUAGUCCUUUAACGUCCUCUCAAGUCCCUUAGGGUGACAUUUUAAGUCUGUCACACAGCAGUGAAAGGUGAAAAAAUUACUCACAAUAGAGCUGAAUUUAUUUUAAAACCUAUUUUUAUGAUGUCCAUGAAACUGUGGCAAUAAUAUAUUUAGAGCUAAAGUAAACAAUGCAUUUAUUACACAGGUAUUCAAAUCAGGACCUGGAGACAAUAAUUCCAAUACUCAUUUUGAAUGAAAUGCCAUUUAAAAUGUUCAUUUUAGAUGAAUAAGAUAAUAUUGCCCUAGUGUUCUUGUUGUGAGAUGCCUCCUAAAAUGUAUGUCAUUUUAUAUGUGCUGAUCAGAUGGAGGUUUGAGUUGGCAUUGAACUUUACAGACCUGAGAGCACUGACGGGUUUGGGUUCAGCCAGUCACUGAUAAUGUCACCUACAAAGCUUAGACUAAUAUCUAACAGGUGACGAAAAGGUUAAAUCAUGACUGACUUACAGGUAACUGCCAAAAUAAAGGAAACACUUAAGGAAAUGAGGGAUACAUAGUAUAUUGAAAGCAGGUGCUUCCACACAGAUGUGGUUCCUGAGUUAAUUAAGCAAUUAACAUCCCAUCAUGCUUAGGGUUAUGUAUAAAAAUUCCCAGUUGCCCAUUAUUUUGGCUACCAUGGCUCGAAGAAGCCCUCAUAUAGAGUUCCAGAUACUUGUAGAAUUUAAGCCAAGGAGCAUUGACACUGUUCUGGUGGCUUGUGCUGGCCCAACGUCCUAUUAAGACACUUUAUGUUGGCGGACCUUUAUUUUGGCAGUUACCUGAAUUUGAAUUGUUAUGGUCUCACUGAUAAAGGGGUUGCAAUGCUUCUACACCUUCUACACCUGCAUUGCUUGCUGUUUGGGGUUUUAGGCUGGGUUUCUGUACAGCACUUUGUGACAUCAGCUGAUGUACGAAAGGCUUUAUAAAUACAUUUGAUUGAUUGAUUGAUUGCAAUGACAACAAUACAAUGAUUGUGACCCCUAGUAUCCAAACUACCACUGUACGCGCCAUUCCUAACACAAACCAACCCUGAGUCAUAUAACUGUUAACCUUGAUACUACUGACUCUCACUGUCCUGCACGGAACCUAAUUCUAACCACUGUAUCCAGUUCUACCACUGUAUCCAGUUGCAGGUUACUGUUUUUUUGUCAGGAAUCUUGUUCUGUAGGCAGCUUUGCAGGGUGGUCACUAGAUGGCACAGCCACAAAGUCCUUCAAUUUGAUUUUAACCUUAACCACACUGCUAACCCCAGAGGUGGCACCACAGGUACCAGAGUGGUGUGACGGAAAAACAAUUCUGGGGCCCGUAGUCUUUCCUGAUCUGAUAACCUAACCAGAUAAAACUCAUUACUUUAUACAGUAUGACGUGAUUAAUCUGUUGUAAAAAGGCUGAAUAUGGGCUAUGAUGGGACCAGAGUUGAAAACCAUGUCAAACUGCAGCAACCUUAUAGUUGUUCAUAUUACUAGAAAGACUAGGGGGGGUUCCUAUAUACAUACACAAAGAAAGCAACGUUAUUGGACAUUAAAACUCACAGGACUGAGCUUGUUUUAUGCAGGUUUGCAAUGUUUAGUCCUGCCCUAUGCAACUGUAGGCCUAAUUAAACAUUUACUCACA